UAAUACCAUGGUAUUAUUAUAGUAAAUAUGUUAAUCAUAUGGUAUUAUGCUAUCACUAUAUAGCACAUCACCGUGAAAUGCAGAAGGGAAAAUGCUAAUGAAAAUCAAAUUUUUGUAUUUUGUCUUGUGGUUAAAAUAUAAUGACUCAUAUCCAUUUUCUUUCACAGGCAGAUCAUAAUCAUCAAAAUCACAACUCUGCUUGUGCUCAACCACUUAUUGGACCUGGUGAAUCAGUCUCUGAUCUUGGAGCCGUGAUAGACCCUGAUCAGAGGUGGGGCAGAGAAGAGGAUUUAGACCAGAGCAAGUUGCUUCCUGAGCAAACAGACAGCGGUUACUAUGAAGAGCUCAUCAGGCCCAAAAAGCUCCACAAUCCCAUCAAAGCGUCCAAGAGCCACCGGGAGCUCCAGCGAGAGCUGAUUAUUACACACAAAAGAGGAGCAGUGGCGGAGGAGAAGCCUGAGUUACAGAGAGUUCUGGAACAGAGAAACAGAGCUCAAGUUCUGAAACAAGACAGAAAACAGGAGGAGGAGAAAUCGCCACUGGAGCAGGAGUUACUGAAGAGACAGAUGAGGUUAGAGAAGUUUGAGAGAGAGGUCGAAGAGCAGAGAGAAAGGUCAAAGUGCGCGCCUGAGUUCAUCAGGGUCAAAGAGAGCCUAAAGAGGACGACGAUCACAAGUGCUGUGGAGAAAGAGCUGUAAUCACACAUUACAUUACUUCACUGAUCUACAUGAGUGCUGAUACUCCUCCAGCUGCUGAUUCGAACAGUUCUUAGUUUUAUUUAGAAAGCUUGGGGUUUGGAUUUCGAACGCAAUCACAGAAUGUGAAAAACCGUUGACAAGGACCAGAAUGUUGACAAUGUGGGCCAAUGGUAUGUCAUAUUAAGCACUUGUACUUAAUUGCUGAUUACUUGGCUGUAAUUUGCACCAGUUAGAGAAACACACAAGAACAGAAUAACUCUAGUACUGGAACUGUAUCUAGUGUUUGAGUAUAGAAAUGAUUGGUCUGCCAUAUUUAUAGAUGAUAUACUUUUAUGAACAGACAGCAAUUCUUUCCACUUUUUCUACAUUUAUGGUUCAAAUCAUUUGGUAUGUUCACAUAUGCAUACUAGUUUCAGAUAUCACGCACUACUACAUUUAGCAAAAUGUGUACUGUAGUACAAAAAGAGCAUAAAGAAAAGGACACUGUAUUCCAUAAUGCAAUGUUUUAGACUUAAUUUUCCUUUUUUGGUAUGGCAAAUUUUAGCAUCUCUUUUUCUUGAUUCACUGUUUGAUUGGGCAGGCAUAGCACAUUUUUUUCCACAUGCAUUUUGUUUUAACAAAAUUAUCACAAUAUUACAAUUAAGAUAUUCUUGAUUUACACUUCCUGUAUAAGUGACUUUUUUUUAUUUAACGAAAUAGAUGUUUUUCUUCAUUGCAGAUUUGGAUACAUUUAGUAUUACAUCACUUGUGCACCAAUUGAUCCUCUGCAGUGAAUGGGUGCCGUCACACAACUC